AGAACAAGUGCACAGCAACAAGAAGCAUUUCUGAAAAGCAACAUAGGUGUUUGCUGGAAGGAACCCAGUGCAGGAAAAUAAAUCAGGGAUCAUGGUGAAAAAGAUCUGUGUGGUUGGGGCAGGUUCCAGUGGUCUAGCGGCCAUCAAAUGCUGCUUAGAAGAGGACUUGGAGCCCACAUGCUUUGAGAGAUAUCAUGACAUUGGGGGUCUAUGGAGGUACAAGGAAGACCCUGAAGAAGGACGUGCUAGCAUCUAUAAAUCUGUGAUCAUAAACACAUCCAAGGAGAUGAUGUGCUUCAGUGAUUAUCCCAUUCCAGAUGACUUCCCCAACUACAUGCACAACUCCAAAAUCAUGGACUAUUUCCGCAUGUAUGCCAAGAACUUUAAUUUGCUAAAAUACAUCCGCUUUAAGACAACAGUGUGUAGCAUUAAGAAGCGACCUGACUUUGCUAUCAGCGGCCAAUGGAAAAUUGUGACUGAGUGUGAUGGAAAGCAGGACAUGGGCAUCUAUGACGGAGUGCUACUGUGCAGUGGGCAUCAUACUUUCCCUAAUCUUCCACUGGAAUCCUUUCCAGGUAUCGAGAAGUUUAAAGGCCAGUACUUCCACAGUCGGGAAUACAAAUACCCUCAUUCAUUCCAGGACAAGAGGAUCAUUGUCAUUGGCAUAGGAAAUUCUGGAGGGGACUUGGCAGUAGAGCUAAGUACUGUUGCCCAACAGGUAUACCUUAGCACCAGGAGAGGAGCGUGGGUCAUCAAUCGAGUCCAUGAUGAAGGCUACCCACUGGAUGUCGUUCUAUUGAGCCGAUUUAAAAACGUUAUCAAGGAGUUCAUGACUACUGACAUGCUGAAUUGCUGGGUUGAGAAAAGGCUAAAUGCACGUUUUAAUCAUGAGAACUUUGGCCUCAAACCUAAGCACAGAAUUCUCAGCCAACACCCAACCAUCAACGAUGACCUCCCAAACCGCAUCAUCUCUGGCAAAGUGAUUAUGAAGACCAACGUGAAGGGGUUCACAGAAACUGACGCCAUUUUUGAAGAUGGAACGAUAGAAAAAAACAUUGAUGUGGUAUUUUUUGCCACUGGGUACAGCUUUUCCUUUCCCUUCUUUGAAGACUCCGUUCUUAACGCCGAAAACAACAAGAUACCAUUGUACAAAUUUGUUUUCCCUCCACAUUUAGAGAAGACAACGGUGGCUUGUAUAGGCCUUAUUCAGCCCCUUGGGGCCAUCAUGCCUGUCUCAGAGCUGCAAUGUCGCUGGGCAGUGCGUGUUUUCAAAGGCCUGGCUAAACUGCCUUCCCAGGAGGACAUGCUGGCAGAUGUAGCCUGCAAGAAGAAAGAAAUGGAAUGCCGAUAUGUGACGAGCCCUCGGCACACAAUCCAAGUUGACUAUUUGGAUUACAUGGAUGAAUUGGCUUCCCAGUUUGGAGUGAAACCAAACCUUUUGCACUUCCUCUUUACUGACCCAAUUUUAGCCUGGGAGAUGUUCUUUGGGCCCUGCACUCCCUAUCAGUAUAGACUGAUGGGGUCCAACAAAUGGAGUGGAGCGAGGAAGGCAAUCCUUACCCAACAAGAGCGCAUUAUUAAACCCACAAAGUCCAGAGUACUGGUUGAUGAUGACAUGAAAAAACACCAUUCUGUGAUACCUUUCCCUCUGAAACUCCUGGCUGUCUUUGCCCUCCUGGCUGCAGUUUACUUCAUCUGUCUUUAACUAUUGUAAUGGCUAUGCCAUUUCAUUGCUCAUUAUUUUAUACAGAACAUAAUCAGCAUCACAAAGUUUAAUAUAUACAACAGCUUCAUAGAAUGAAUAGCGUAUUUCACCUGCAGACAUACACCUUAAUUAUAUGAUCUUGUUCGACAUGAAUCCAAUAACGGAGACCUGAAUCAUGAAUAAAUAAUUAAGGGCAUUCCUUAAGUAGACUUGGGCGUUGGAGUUAAAGGAGACCUAUCACCCGAAAAAAAGUAUUCCAAAUCCUAUUUUAUCAUGUUUGUCACGCGCAAAAUAAACAUAGAGGAGGGGCAGACAAUA